GUCUCCGGCCUCGCUGCGCGGCCUGGCCCCGGCAUGGGCGGCCCGCGGGGAAUUUGCGGGAUCGCAGGGAAUCCAUCGCGCGGCUCCUGCCCAGCCCAGGCCGGCAACUUCAUGGCUUAGCAGCGGCGGAGGAGCUGCUGGCCCAGGGAUUCCCAGCGUGGAGGAGCUGCUGCUGGUGAGGCCAUGAGGACAGCAUCCCCCUGAGCGCCGGGCGAUGAGCCCGCAGGGGCAUCCCGGCAAGAUGCCGAGGCGAUGGGGUGGGUGCUGAAAUGAUGAAGGGCUACCAUGGGGAGCGUAGCCAGACACAGCCCUCCUCCGGCCACCGCUGCCGCUGCAUCCCUGACAACUGCGAGCAUCCCGCCGACUGCAUCCCCGAGGGCCGGCCGCCCUACCUGCCCAGCCCCAGCGAGCCGUGUUCCCUGGAGCAUCCCUACUGCCCCGGCGCGGGCAGCGAGUGCCCGGGCGGGCCCCUGAGCGAGCCGCCCUCCGCCAGCGCCAGCAGCACCUUCCCGAGGAUGCAUCACGCGCAGCAGCAGCAGCAGCAGCAGCAGCAGCAGCAGCAGCACUACGACUCCUGCGACGAAUGCAUGGCGACCGCCCACCCCGCCAGCAAGAUCAACCGCCUGCCCCCCACGCUGCUGGACCAGUUCGAGAAGCAGCUGCCGCUGCACCACGACGGCUUCCACACGCUGCAGUACCCCCGGGCCGGCGGCGCCGAGCCCCGCAGCGAGAGCCCCAGCCGCAUCCGCCACCUCGUCCACUCCGUCCAGAAGCUCUUCGCCAAGUCCCACUCCCUGGAGGCGCCGGCCAAGCGGGACUACAACGGCGCCAAGAUGGACGGCCGCGGGGACGGCUACCACCACCACCACCACCACCACCACCAUCACCACCACCACCACCAGUCCCGCCACGGCAAGCGCAGCAAGAGCAAGGACCGUAAGGUGGACUCCCGGCACCGGUCCAAGAUGUUGGGCUGGUGGAGCUCCGACGACAACCUGGACAGCGACAGCAGCUACAUGGUGUCCGGCCGGCACGCCGCCGAGCAGGGCAGCCAGUACUGCGUGGACGCUCCCGAAAGUGCCUUCAGAGACUUGACCUUGAAGAGUCUAAAGGGCGGCGGGGAAGGAAAAUGCCUGGCCUGUGCCGGCAUGUCCAUGUCUCUGGAUGGCCAGACGGUCAAGAGGAGUGCCUGGCACACCAUGACCGUCAGCCAGGCCCGUGAAGCCUAUCCCAGCGCCGGCGGCACUGAGAAGACCUUGAUGCUUCAGGAAGCAAAGGCCAAAGACCGAGCGUACCAGUACCUGCAGGUGCCGCAGGACGAGUGGAGCGGGUACCCGGCGGGCAAGGACGGGGAGAUCCCGUGCCGGCGGAUGCGCAGCGGCAGCUACAUCAAGGCCAUGGGCGAUGAGGACAGCGCCGACUCGGACAUCAGCUCCAAAGUGCUGCCCAGGGCGGCCACGCGGCGAGACAGCUACCGCCGCUCCUCCAGCGCCGACCAGGCCAGGACCAAGUUUGCAAGUAGGCACUAUUCUGAUUCAUAUAUCUGUAACUGUCCCAGCUGCUGCACGCCACCGCGGAUGCUCCCGCGGGGACAGAGCUACGGGCGCUCCUUCACCACCGGCCAGAUCAACGACGAGCUCAACCACCAGUUUGAGGCCGUCUGCGAGUCGGUGUUUGGUGAGGUGGAGUCGCAGGCCGUGGAGGCGCUGGACCUGCCCGGCUGCUUCCGCAUGCGGAGCCACAGCUACCUGCGGGCCAUCCAGGCAGGCUGCUCCCAGGACGACGACUGUCUCUCACUCUUCUCCAUGUCGGCCCCUCCUGGGCCGCCCAUCACCAGCAGCAUCCUGAAGCCCAGCACUUCCUUCAGUUACAGAAAAGCUCCACCUCCCAUCCCUCCAGGAACCAAAGCCAAACCUCUCAUCUCCGUCACGGCGCAGAGCAGCACCGAGUCCACCCACGAGAGUUACCUGCCCAGCGAGGUCGCCCGCAGCCCCGCCUGGUCCAAAGACGCCGCGGCCCGCUGCAACUCUGCCGAGAGCCUGGAGAGCUCCAAGGUGACGGCCGUGGCCCUGGACCUGCCCCCAGUCCAGCCCCGUGCCGCUCCCAAGCCCUCCACCCUCAUCAUCAAGGCCAUCCCAGGCCGGGAGGAGCUGCGGAGCUUGGCUCGCCAGAGGAAGUGGCGUCCGUCCAUCGGCGUGCAGGUUGAGGCCGUCUCUGACUCGGAUACGGAGAGCCGGAGCCAGAGGGAGUUCCACUCCAUCGGGGUGCAGGUGGAGGAGGACAAAAGGCGAGCGCGCUUCAAGCGCUCCAACAGCGUCACAGCGGGCGUGCAGGCGGACCUGGAGCUCGAGGGCUUCACCGGGCUGGCCGUGGCCACCGAGGACAAAGCGCUGCAGUUCGGGCGGCCCUUCCAGCGGCACUCCUCGGAGCCCGAGUCGGGCCGGCAGUACGCCGUGUACAAGACGGUGCACACGCAGGGGCAGUGGGCGUACCGCGAGGAUUACCAACUGCAGUACGACACGGUGGAGGUGCCCCGGAGGGAUGCCUGGAUCGAGCGGGGCUCCCGCAGCCUCCCCGACUCCGGCCGCGCCUCCCCGUGCCACCGCGACGGGGAGUGGUUCAUCAAACUGCUGCAGGCUGAGGUGGAGAAGAUGGAGGGAUGGUGCCAGCAGAUGGAGAGGGAGGCGGAGGACUAUGACCUGCCCGAGGAGAUCCUGGAGAAGAUCCGGAGUGCGGUGGGCAGUGCCCAGCUCCUCAUGUCUCAGAAGGUGCAGCAGUUCUACCGCCUCUGCCAGCAGAACAUGGAUCCCAACGCAUUCCCUGUGCCCACCUUCCAAGACCUGGCUGGCUUCUGGGACCUCCUACAGCUCUCCAUUGAGGAUGUCAGCAUGAAGUUUGGGGAGCUCCAGCAGCUCAAGGCCAAUGGGUGGAAGAUCAUGGAGCCCAAGGAGGAGAAGAAGGUGCCUCCCCCGAUACCAAAGAAGCCGCCGCGCUCCAAGGUGCACCCGGUGAAGGAGCGCUCCCUGGACUCGGUGGACCGGCAGCGGCAGGAGGCCCGCAAGCGGCUCCUGGCAGCCAAGCGAGCCGCGUCCUUCCGCCAGAGCUCGGCCACCGAGAGCGCGGACAGCAUCGAGAUCUACAUCCCCGAGGCGCAGACCCGGCUGUGACCGCAGCCUCCGCUUUUCUACCCGGACUGGACGGCGCGGCCGUAGCUCACUGUGAUGGGGGGCCGCGGGGACACCCUGGGGCACCUCUUGGCCCCACUCACAGCUUCUCUCUUUUCUAUCUUAGCCCUUUCGUGGAUCCGACGGCGGGCGAACGCAAAGCCCGGUUCUGCCCCGUCCCCUUGCCCCCCACUGCCCGCAUGCCCCUGCCAGCCUCUCCUGGGGUCCGGGGCUCUCCCUCCCUCCCUCUGCCUUCCCUGGGGCUGUGUCCCAGCUUUCUGUCCCCUUCCCUCUCCCCCAGCCCUUCUGCACAGCCGCCCCUGCAUCCCAACCCAAAGAGAGGUGACCUCCGGCGCCCGGCCCCGCCGGGCUGGAGGGGAGGGGGCUGCAGGCAGGCCCCCCCGCCUCUCUGUACUCAGUGCAAUCCCCUGGUGUGUGGCGGGGACGGGCCCCCAGCCCUGACCCCGGCCACAGCCCCCCAGCCCUGCCCUGCCGGACGAGGCUUUGGGACGUGCUGGGGACAAAGGGGUCCCCUCGCUGCUCCCCCCAGCCCGCGGCUCAGGUGCCGUGGGGACCCAGGGCUCCCUCCCCUAUAUACAUAUAUAAAUAUAACCCAAGGAAUAAACCAGAAACUACACGUGACCAGCGCUGUGUCCUGCCUGGUGGGACGGGCCAGAGCAGCAGAGGCCCCCCGGUCACGGCGAGCCGCCCCGCUUCCCUCGCACGGAGCAUCGCCACACGCGCUUCUCCCCUUCCCGCUCAGCCCUCCUCCUCCUCAGCCCAUCCCUCAUCCGUCCGUCCUUCCCUCCUGCCAGCCUGGAGGCCAGGAGCACCUCUGCAAUGUGGCACCAGCCAGGGACAGGCAAUAGUCCCCCGUCCCGUGCCUUGCUGCAGGUGGGAGAUGCUCCUCAGUGAGCCCACCUGCAGUGACAAGGACCACGCUGGGCUUGGCACCAGUGGGUGGCACCGGGGUGUGGACAUGGCCAGCAGCCGUCCCAGAGUGUGGAGUUAGAGACGCCCUCAGGGGGACACCCCUUCCCCCUGAGCUCCUGGAGCCCUGUGGGGUGGGACACCCCAGGAUAGGGCUGUCACCUACCUGAUGCCUCUCAGGGCCAAGGGACACCCUGGGAUGUGGCUGUUCCCAGCUCCCCCAUCACUGUGCACAGAGCCAGGAACAGGGUGGAGAGCUCCCUCCAGGGCAGAGCAGCGUGGUGGGGCAGGAGGCUGCAUCUGCCUCACCCCUGUCCUUAACCCCGUCCCCCACAAUCCUGUCCCCCCUCAGUGUCCCUUUUGGUGGCAGAGGGGGGAAAAUCCCACCGCUGUCCCUCCCUCUGCCGCGCCAGCAGCCCCACGCAGCAUCACCAGCCACCCCCAGGGCAGGGCCAGUGGGUGCCAGGUAGCUCCCGAAAUCUGGGGCCAAACCUCCCGAAAUCUGGGGCCAAGCCUCGCCCAGGCCCUCAGGCAGGGCGGUGGGGACAGAGGCAGCUGGGGGACACCUGGCUGGGGGUCCCUCGCUCCUGGGGGUCCGUCGGUGCUAAACACCUCCGUGACGGCAGCGCCCACAAAGCCCUUCCCCACCCCACUCCCCCUGCACCCCCAAAUUAGGGAUGUGCCUGGGAAGGGCCCCCCGGCCCCCGCCCCGGCCAGCGCCGUGCAGUGACCGUGACACGUGGCUCCCUUUUUAUUGUAACGAACCGCCGCAAUUAAUAAAGAUGACUUUGGUUACUCCGGGCCAGCGGCCACUUCCCUGCGGGGACAUGGCCGGCACCGGGCUCGCCUUUCA